AAGUGUGUGUGUGCCUGCGUGUGGGGAGGGAGCGAGGAAUGGCGGAUGGGCGAGAAAAUAACCCGUCCCCACAGCAGCCGGCGCGACAGGGGCUGGUGGCGGUGGUGGCACUCCGUGUCACCUACCACUGAUAAUAAUUACAGUCGCAGCAGAGCCAGGAGGCGAAAGGGGAAGGGGGGGGAGGCGAAAAGCUGCUGUUCAAUCUUCUCGAAAAUAAUGAAACCAACUCCGCUGGCCCUGCGCACCCGAGCGAUCCUGCCCGCCUCUGCCGGGGUCCCGGCCGCUCCCCCGGGACAGACGGGGGGAGCGGCCAGGGCAGCCCCCGCAGCCCGCGCGGGCGACCCGGGGCGGCGGGGGCGGCCCCUGGCAGCGGCUGCGGUGGGGCUGCCCCGUGGCCCGGUCGCCCGUGGGAGCUCCUGCAGGGCACCCCGGCCCCCGGCUGUCCCAACUUUCCUGCCGGUGGGGCGAGGGGAAUAUGGCUUCUGUCCGCUCCGAGCCUCUGCCAGGAGGGAGCAGAAGGGAGAAAAAGGGGGUACCCAGUCACGCAGCGCGAGGGAGCGCAGCAGGAGCAGGCAGGAGGAGGCAGGCGCUGCUCCGGGGCGCCCGCUCCUGCAGCUGGUGGAGCCCGGUGCGAUUGCGCUCCCAUGUUCACCAUCACCAUAAAUUCACCUAUCUCCAUCCGAAACACCCUCACAAAAAAGAGAGAGAGAGAGAGAGAAAGAGAGAGGAGAAAGAAGCCGCCAGGAGCCCUUACCGUGCUC